UCGAAGUCAGUCAUCUUUGAUUUGACUAAAUGCAUCGCAAUGAUUGAAAAAGUAGUCUCAAUGUCACAAUUUAAUGUGACUAACGUAAUACCGAUAUAUAGUGGCCGUAGAGUACAAGCUACUCUUUUAUUUAAUGUAGUUUUUUGGCCUCAGCUCAAGCUCCCCCUCCCCCACCAUAACAAGCUAGCUAGCAUGUUUGGGCUCCAUAAUGGAGGAACAGACGUUGUUUUCAACGAGAUGGAGGCAAAACUCAGAGUAAUAAUUGACGACCGAAUUGAGAAGUUGGUCCUCCCAUCAGGCAUCCCGCCCACUGUGGAGGAGCUGCAUAAUAUUGUGAAGGAGACCUUUGGGAUUUCUACUGAGUUCAGUCUUCAGUAUUUUGAUGUGGAAUUUGAAGAUUAUUUUACUCUUCACAACAGUGAUCUUAUCAAACACAAAGGCACCAUAAAGGGAGAGGAUGAAGAAAGUCAAGAACAAGAGAGGAUUCAGUUGCUUACUGAAGGACAACAACGCAUUGAUAAAAGUAAAAAUGGCCAAAACAUUUGCACACAGAAGAAACGAAAUCAUUAACCAAUCACCCAGUAUAGAGGAAAUUAAAGCCAGAUGGCCCGCUCUAUUUGAGCCGUCUCACAUCCAGGAUGAGUUUCACAAAAUCACAAUGGUGCAUCUUGAAUCAAAGAUCAUGUCCAAACUGGAUGAAUAUACUCCUCGACUUCUGAACCUCUUCCACUCCAAGGGCGGAACCAUGGGGUUGAGGUUGCAGGCUAUCCUACUCGAGACUCCAAGCAAUCCUGACAUCAACAUGACCAGAGAUGUUACCAUUCGAUGUUUGAUGAUGUACCUUGGGGAAUCUACAGAUCAACUCUUACAAGAGUAUGAUGAUGCUGAUGAAGACAGUGUGUCACAGGACCUUGCUGUUCAAAGCCUGAAGAUCUACAACAUCAAAGCUAACACGUCAGAGGAUCCAGACAUCGGUAUCGUGGUGGACAGCGUGAAAAUUCUAACUGCUCAGGGUAACUUUCCAAGGGCUUGCUCCCUGCUUGUUGGAUUGGUGUAUGCUAUGAGUCUUGCCUAUCCAAAGAAGCUCAAAUACACGUUUGAAGUGUUUCAGAAACUUCUCCUCGGACUGGAUAGUUCAAAGCUCUCCACAAAAGUGAACAGCCUCAGGAAUAAACUACUGGCUUAAGAAAACGGACCCUUACUAAACAAAAGGGAAUAGACAAGUCACUGUCAAAACCAACACGCAAAACUUUGUGACAUGCUCUGUGAAGUUAGUUAAAAUUUGGGUAAUUUUCAGUUCAGUGGAUUUCUGCAUGUGUAUUUUUUCUUGCAGUACAUUACAGUUAACUAGCCUUUCUAAGGACAGACCCCUUGUUCUCAUAUAUGGUAGUGCGGCCUGUUAUAUGGCUUUGGAUCUAUUCAGGUCUGUCACAUGAACCCUUGUCCCUUUUAUACAGCAUAGAGAAUCCACUAUUGCCUUUUUGGAGAGUCCAUGCAGGCUUCACCACUGAAGGGUGAUGAUCUGCAGGCUGCAAAAUGCUGUUGUGUUUCCUUUGCACUUUAUAUAAUAUGUUUUUGUUCAGUUCUGUCUUUCAACUUAUUUUUCGAAAAGGAAAGUAAGUGUCACGGAGCCAAGGGCCCCAACACAGUGACAAGAUGUAGCAUAAACAUGCAAAACAAGAAAAUGGAAGUUUUUAUGCCUCAAAGGUCUCGCUCAUCUUUCACAUAUUGUCAUGUGUUUUCCCCAGGUAAGAUUUAUACUUGUGUUGUGCUCUGCAUGCCUCUUAAACAUAAAGUUAACUAUGUUAAUGUGAUUGAUAAAUUGUUGAAGCAAGCUUAACUGAGUCCAACUUGAUUGUUGUUGAUGUGAUGGUUCUAAAAAAUCAUGUUAACUAUACUUCGAGCAGAGUGGCACUAUGUUUUGACUUGAUACUGAUAUAUUGUAUAUUGCCCCUUCUCUGUUUUAUUGUUGUAUUUUGGAAUUUUGCACUUGUUGGGUGCUGGAUAAUCACGUUUUAUAAAGUUUCACAAAGAAAUGCUGCUGCUGUUUAAUUUGUUGUUUUUUGAUGCCACUCAAGUUUGGUCAGGAUAU